AUGACCAAUAGAGAGCUCUACGGCUUAUUCAAGAACUCUAAGUUCGCCCAGGUGGCUAAGCCAUUGAGUAAGACUUUACGGGGAAAGUCUAGCGUUCCCACGCAUCAAAUUAUUUACACUCCCCAAGCCAGUGCUCACAGAUCUAACUUUGGUAUCAAAACAACAUUACCCUCCCAAAUAGGUAGAUCCCACAUUGUAUUCAAUGAUAUCGACAAUGCUAAGAAUAUGCCCGAUGUUGAGAAGUACUCCGGACAUUUGUAUACUCGGAAGAAGUUUCAGGAAACAGGCAUUGCUGUUAAGAACUAUCUUUCUGAACAAAAUCCAUUGUUCCCAUCUGAAACCACCAAGACAAAGACAAAGAGUUCCGAUGGCACCAUUUUGGGUGGACUUAAUUUGAAUGGUAGAUCAGGAUUAGCUGAGGUCAAGAAGGUACUUGCCAGUAACUCUGCCUUAUAUUCAAAGUUUAAGUCGUGGAUCUUGAGGAACCAUCCUCAGGUAUUGGUUCUGCAAGUAUCAUCCCAGACAUUGAAGGGAUUGGUAGUUGAAUUUGUCUCGACACACCCGGAAGUCAACCCCAAAGAGUUCUCUAUGACAGAUAUGGUUAGAAACGAUAACUCCAACAUAAAAAUCCAAGGCACUGGUGGAUUUUCCUACGCUCAAAAGGGUAGAUUAGCCAACUCACCUAAUGGUAUUAAACAUGGAGUCAUUGCUCCUGGUAGAAUAGUGCAUGAAAGAGAAGCUGCUAUUGGUGGGUUGGUAGCGGGUGUUAAUGACCGAACCAUCAUGUUACAACUGAAUUUCUCCAAGAAUGUUCCUAAUGCCCACUCAAGACAAUUUGUCAGUCCUUUCAAGAUCACUGAUGUGGAAAUUGGUGAAAAUGGUAGAGUCAAGAUGUUUGCUGAUGGUGUGGCCACGGGUAAAUGGAUGCAUAAAGCUAUGAAUGGUGAUUUUGAUCGUCAAUAUGAGGCUUCAAACCCCAAGUUUGCUAGAGCAAAUGAAAGAAAUGCUGAAGACAAUGCUCAAUUACAAAACUUGUUGAACUUAAUCAACCUCAAGUAG